ACUCAGCUCGGGCAAGGGGGCCAAAACCCGCCCCCGCCCCCAAUCCUCUGAGACCCUUCUCGAAAACUCUAUAAAUAGUAGCGCAUUGAGCCAUACAUAGGCUUGAAGAAGCAACUCCAAAGCCUCUUCAAUUCCCUCUCUCUCUAAAUUAGUACCCAAAUCCCCAAUUAAGCUAGCCAACCGGAACCCUAAAUAGGAGCGAAUCAUGAUCGGAGCUCCCCUCAGCUCUCACAAGCUCAGUCUCAAACUCCUCUGCAGCUACGGCGGCCGCAUCCUCCCCCGGUAUCCCGACGGGAAGCUACGUUACCACGGCGGCGACACCCGCGUCCUAUCCGUCGACCGCUCCAUUUCGUUUUCCGAGCUGCUGGUGAAAUUGGGGGAGUUGUGUGGAAAUUCGGUGACUCUGAGAUGCCAGUUGCCGAAUGAAGAUCUGGACGCGCUAGUGUCGAUCACCUCCGACGAGGAUCUCGCAAACCUAAUCGAGGAAUACGACCGCGCUGCGGCGGCGUCGCCGUCGUCGUCUCUGAAGAUUAGGGCAUUCCUCUCCGCUCCCAAAUCCACCAAAAAAACGUCAUCCCCUCCCUCCUCCUCGGCCUCCUCGAGCAGUAACGGCUCCACCUCGCCGAAAUCGCCGUUCUACUCCUCGUUACCGCCUAGAUACCCGAUGUCCGGCGGCGGACGGUGCAUCCGGCAUGCUUCGAGGCCUCCCGUGUACCCUAUUAUCGGUGAGAAAGCCGCCGGAAAACUUCCUCAUAACUAUGUCUAUCAAUGUCACAGUCAUAGCCAUGGAAAUGGCGGACAUGUUUUUGUCGUCCAAAAUGGCAGCCACUGGCAAUAGCAGAAAAGAUCUCGUGAAAGUGGAGACCCCAUUAAUCCAUCCAAAAAAAAAAAAUUAACCUAUAAUACUAAGUUGGAGAAGAAAGAGGUUUAUGUUGUGUAAGAUGCGUAUGGGACUGUGUAUAUGAUUAAGAAGGGGAUCCAUUUUUCCAUUGAUCCAUCCAUGUCUGCGUGCUCGAAAUUAAUGAAACAUUUUGAGUCCAUUGUAGUUUUAUACAGUAUAAAAUUAAUUCACUGAUUCUUCCCAUUUUACUUUUUACUCGAAACCACAUUUAAUAGCAAAGCAAUAGCGUGAGGGCACAAAUUUUCUGUUUCUUGUGCGUGUGUGUGUGUUGUAUUACUUGUUUUAGGCUUUGUUUUUCCACAACUGGGAUUUCCAUUUAUGCAUUAUUUGCUUGUUGGUUCUCUGUGUAAUUGUGUUUAGAUUAUGUUUCCUUGCUAAAUUAUUUUGUUUUUCAUUUCUUGCAGGUGGAGAAGGAUCCUUCAUUUUUCGAUCUAGAUUCCUUACUCGGGUCAAAUAGAUCGUGUAAUGAAUAUCAUUUUAUACUGGAGGAGAGUUUGAUACCUCAAUUUGUUCAAAUUGAUGAAAGGUAUGGAAAGAAUUGUUCUUGUUCUUGUUCUUGUACAAUUUGACAGACAAAACCAUUUGUUUCAACUAAAGUUGUUUCACCAUUUAAAAUCAAAUCUUGAAAGCCAUAAUGAAUAUUUGGACCUUCAUUUCUGUUUUGCAAACUUCUGUAUCCUUGAAAUAUUCAAUUUCUUUCAACAAUCUUGAAUUCAAAAGAAGCCCUUUGCUUUGUAACUUAGCUGCAAAUCUCAAUUUUGUGUGUGUAUGAAACAGGGAGGAUUCGAUUUUCAAAGAGGAAAAAGAGGAAUCUUGAAACCCUAACAUUGGACAAGUUGGAAAAAGCGUGUGAAUAUGCUGUUGCGACUUAAUUGGAGCUAUUGAAGCGUGGCUAAUUUUGGGCAUCAAUUAGUUGAACCUUCUCAACCUCCAUCAAUUUCAACUUGUUGAGACUAGGAAAUCUUUGGCCCUACAUGGCCCAUGUCACAGCUACUAUAAGUGGGGCAUCGAUAGCGCAUCGAAUAAACCACGCAGUAUGAGAUAAAUCGUGAUAUGUAUGCAAUUCGGGCGAGGUGAAAAAGGAAACUAAAUGUGAAGAAAUUAAGGUUAAAAACUUAAAGAAACACACAAGUGGAAGAUGAAUUGAAAGUGGUCUAAGGUUUAUGUUGUCCCACAAUUCCAUUGCGUAAUCUAUGGAAAGAAAAAGAUAUUGAAUCAGAGAGAAUAGAAAGUUUUGGCA